AUGGACUGCCGAGGUGGAUCCCCUGAGCAGUUCAGGGAUUUCAAGAAGGAUGAAUUUGAGGCUGAUUGGAUUAAAGUGGCAGAAUGCAGAUUUGGUCAGGUGUACCAAGUCAAGAUGAGGCUCUGGCGGGAAAAAUGUGCCUUAAAAAGCUUUGACACAACCGUGUAUUCCAGUAAAGAGUACAGAAAAAUAACAGAUGAGGUGUCCAACACCGCCAAACUGAAAUUCAAGUACAUUUUGUCCAUCUACGGGCUGUGCAGUGAAGCAACUGCUGUAGUAAUGGAGUACAUGAGUAAUGGAUCUCUGAACAAUCUCCUCUCCAGUCACACUUUGAUGUGGCCAAAGAAGUUUCAGAUGAUUCAUGAGGUCUCCAUGGGCAUGAAUUUCCUUCACAGCUUGAAACCUCCACUGCUCCAUCUUAACCUUAAGACAUCCAACAUCUUAUUAGACGAUCAUCUGCAUGUCAAGACAGUGUUGAAGUUGAAGAACCCCAUUGGACUAUCUUGUGUCAUAAUAUCUGAUCGAAUGGUGUCUGGAUUUCCUGACAUCAUGUUGUUGCUGCUGGAACAUGGAGCAGAUGCAACACUGGGAGAUGAAGACCGGUGGACACCAAUUCAUUUUGCUGCUCAGAAUGGCGACGAAAGGAGCGUUCGUCUCCUUUUAGAUAAAGGCGCCGCGGCGGACGCCCGGGAAAAAGAUGGCUGGACGCCCCUCCACCUGGCGUGCCAGAACGGCCAUGAAACAGUGGUGCGACUUCUGCUUUCACGACUCUCCGAGGAAGCUGUGGCGGAACGGGAGAAAGUGCGAGGGAGGACGGCGCUCCACCUCGCCUCUUACUACGGACAUCUGAGCAUCGUCCAGCUCCUCCUCACUCGCGGGGCAGAUCCAGAUGGCACCGACCUCUCCCUGUGCACGGCCCUCCAUCUGUCAGCCGAGCAGGGCCAUAACCGCAUAGUUAGGCAGCUACUGAAGAAAGGGGUGAGUUCAGAUAAGGCGGACAGCAGAGGAUUCACGCCACUUCACCUGGCUGCCCUGAAGGGUCACACGGGUAUAUGCCAGCACCUGAUGUCACACAAGGCCAAUCCCAACGCCCGGACCCUCCAAGGCUGGACCCCCGUUCACCUGGCUGCCCUAAAAGGACACGACGCCGUGGUGGGACAGCUCGAGCAAAACGGUGGUUCUGUGGAUUGUAAAGGUCAGAACGGAUGGACUCCGCUACACCUCGCGUGCCACCGCAGUGAACCAGAAAUAGUGGCCAAACUUCUGGCAGCCAGAGCGGACCCAAACAUCGCAGAGGACAGCAACGGGUGGACGCCACUUCACGUUGCCUGCGCCAGCGUCAGUUUCCUUUGUGUGAUCCGCCUGAUAUCGCAUGAUGCCGAUGUCAAUGCGGUGAACUCAGGGAAAAGAACACCUUUACACCUGGCUGCCCAGCAUGACUGUGUGUCCAUAGUAAAGGCCCUGCUGCUGAAUGGAGCUGAUAAGGAACUCAGAGACUCUUCUGGGCACACAGCUCUAGAUAUAGCAAAACAGUGUGAAAAAUGCGAAAUAGAAAAGCUUUUAGAAAAUGGGUGUUAA